CAUCAUCAACAACAUCAACACCAGCAGUAGCUAACAAAUCAACAACAACAACAAACCGCCGCUAAACACAACGACAGUAGCAGACCACAUCUUCGCGGACGGCCGAAUCACGGAAAGAUUCAAUCCUCCCCCUCCAUACAUUCAUCUAACUGGGAUUAAAUUGAAACGAAAUCAAAUUUAUUUAACAACAACAACAACAGCAACAACAACAACAGCAACAUCGUCUUCAUCAUAAAAAUUGAACUGCCAAAACAUCAAUAACAUCUCAUAAACUAACAUCAAUAAGACAACACUAAAAUGUCUUCACAAACGCUCGAGCUUUAAAGCAUUUUUGGCUAAAAUAAAAACUACACAAUUAAAAAUAAUUUCUAAUCAAAAUUUACGCUCUCACCUAACUCAACCUCCCUUUGCAGCAGGGAUUUUUACGCUUCUGAACUCUUAAAGACCGAGCAACUGGCUGGCCGAGCAAUGUACAACAUCCAAGAUGUCAUCGUUCACAAUCGUAUGAAGCAAAUGAAAGAGGAGCUGAUGUCAUCGCCACUAUCGUCAUCUGCGUCAUCGUCGGCGUCACUACUGUCGACGUCUCUGACCUCAUCGUCGUCGUCAUCGUCGUCGUCACAUCCGCACUCGCACGGCGUAAGGAACUGGAUGCAGGCCAUGGACCCGGUUAUAAUAAGCAGUUCCAACACGGGGACGGGCUGCCCUGGCCUGGGAAAGGCCCACUUCGAAAAACAGCCCCCUAACAACCUUCGUAAGAGUAACUUCUUUCAUUUCGUCCUGGCCCUCUAUGACCGUAACGGCCAGCCCGUUGAGAUUGAAAGAACUGCCUUCAUUGAUUUCGUCGAAAAGGAAAAAGAACGAGACGAUACAAAGACCAACAACGGCAUCCACUACAGACUUCAACUUUUAUACUGCAACGGCUUCAGGCAAGAACAGGACUUGUAUGUCAGGCUAAUUGAUUCUACAUCAAGACAAGUCAUUGUCUACGAAGGUCAGGACAAAAAUCCAGAGAUGUGUCGGGUGCUUCUGACUCACGAGAUCAUGUGCAGUCGAUGCUGCGAUAAAAAGAGCUGUGGAAAUAGGAAUGAAACUCCAUCUGAUCCAGUUAUCAUUGACAGGUAUUUUCUGAAAUUCUUCAUGAAAUGUAACCAAAAUUGCCUAAAAAACGCCGGCAAUCCGCGAGACAUGAGACGGUUUCAGGUGGCUAUUUCUUCGACGCCAGCGGUCGAGGGCAAUGCGGUUCUCGCCAUAUCCGACAACAUGUUUGUCCACAACAACUCGAAGCACGGUCGCAAGUCGAGACGAGUCGAGUCGGUCGAUCCAGGUUUUUUAUGUGGGGCUUCUCCAACCAUAAAAGCCAUAUGCCCGAGUGAGGGGUGGGCUUCAGGGGGUUCCACUGUUAUCAUCGUCGGUGAUAAUUUUUUUGAAGGGCUCCAGGCGGUUUUCGGCAGUAUGGUAGUUUGGAGUGAGUUCAUCACGCCGCACGCCUUGCGAGUGACCACACCAGCCAGGCACAUUCCCGGAAUGGUUGAGGUCACCCUCACAUACAAAUCAAAACAAUUCUGUAAAAAUGCACCCGGACGAUUUUCUUAUACAACACUUUCCGAACCAACGAUCGACUUCGGCUUCCAGCGUCUGAUGAAGCUAGUGCCGCGACAGCCAGGCGACCCGGAGCGACUCUCAAAAGAAGUGAUCCUGAAACGAGCGGCAGACAUUGCCGAGACAGCCUACCUGCCCCGCUGCUUUCCGGCGGGGGCGAACGGGAUAAUCCCGAACACGACGCACCACAAUCCUCAUUUUGCUCACCCGCACUUCGUUCAUCAUGCUUCAGCCGCUCACCACAGCAGGGUCUCGCCGCUGGCUUCAGCCGGGAAUGGAGGCUUCUACGGAUCGCCCGCCGAUUUACCGCCUGGAUUUUCCACGCCAGGGUCGUCCGUUCAAAGCGGAGGCAACCAGUGGGAGGAAAGUCCAUGGCCUCACAGAUACGCAACCUUCACCUUUUGA